CAACAGCCCUAAUGUCGUGAAUUUGUGAAUGAUUGAGUUCGUUGAGGCGCAAUUUAUUCAGUGUAUUCGUAGUAGAUAGGAUUAAUUUACACAAUGUCUAAUAUAUCACUUGAUAAAGACACAUUUUUUCGUCGCAUGAAAAAAUUUUAUGCGGCGUGGAAGGCAGCUGCAGCAGACCCUAAAAGCGACGAUGCCUUGGCUAAAAUUGAUUGCCUCGUUUCAUGUGUUGGAGUCGACGAAGAUACACUUUAUAGCAAGUCAACAGCGUUACAGACAUGGCUAUUUGGAUACGAGCUACCAGACACUAUUACAGUCCUCACAGAAAACAGUAUGUGUUUUCUUGCAAGCAAAAAGAAAAUUGAAUUCCUUAGACAGAUUGAAAAUGGAAAAGAUGAAACAGAACUACCUCAAGUUAAAUUACUCAUAAGAGACAGAAAUGACAAAGACAAAGAAAACUUUAAUAAACUUAUACAAGAGAUUAAAAAAUCAAAAUCUGGUAAAAAUCUUGGUGUAUUCGCUAAGGACAACUACCCUGGAGAGUUUUGUGAAAGUUGGAAAGCUGCCAUGAAAGCAGAAAAGUUUGAAAAUGUAGACAUAAGCUCCUCUAUAGCUUUACUUACAGCACCCAAGGAAGAUCCCGAAAUCAUAACAGUUAAAAAAGCUUGUCUUGUCACAGUUGAUGUUUUUACCAAAUAUUUAAAAGAUCAAAUCAUGGAAAUAAUUGAUUCAGAUAAGAAAGUUAAACAUUCUAAACUUGCUGAAGGUGUUGAAGCAGCAAUUUCUGAUAAAAAAUAUGUCACAGGAGUUGACACAAGUCAAGUGGACAUGUGCUAUCCACCCAUAAUACAGUCUGGUGGGAACUACAGCCUCAAAUUUAGUGCAGUUUCUGACAAAAAUCACUUACACUUUGGAGCAAUUGUUUGCUCUUUAGGUGCUAGAUAUAAAUCAUAUUGUUCGAAUAUAGUCCGCACAUUGUUGGUAAAUCCCACAGAUGAUAUUCAAAGUAAUUAUAACUUUUUACUGAAUGUGGAGGAAGAGGUGAUGAAACAUCUCGUGGCUGGUGCAAAAUUGUCAACAGUUUAUGAAGCCGGCUUAGCGUUAGCUAAAAAGGAAAAGCCUAAUUUGGUAGACAAUCUCACAAAAAGUUUUGGAUUUGCAAUGGGUAUUGAGUUUCGGGAGAGUUCUAUUGUAAUUGGUCCAAAAACUACAAUAACUGCUAAGAAAGGGAUGAUAUUCAAUAUCAACAUUGGUUUGUCAAACUUAACAAACAGUGCUGCUACUGAAAAGGAAGGAAAGACGUAUGCCCUAUUUAUUGGUGACACGGUCCUAGUUAAUGAAGAGCAGCCGGCUUCACUUCUCACACAAUCUAAGAAGAAAAUCAAGAACAUUGGAAUCUUUUUGAAAGACGAUGAUGAGGAGGAGGAAGAAGAGAAGGAGAAUAAGACUGAAAUACUUGAAAACGGAGGCAGAGGUAAAAGAACCGCUGUCAUUGAAUCUAAGCUGCGUACCGAGCAUUCCUCUGAAGAGAAACGUAAGGAACAUCAAAGAGAGUUAGCCAUAGCGUUGAAUGAGAAAGCCAAGGAGCGUUUGGCGAAACAGUCCAGUGGUAAAGACAGUGAAAAGAUCAGAAAAAGUACUGUUUCCUACAAAAGUGUGAGUCAGAUGCCACGGGAAAAUGAAGUUAAGGAAUUGAAGCUGUAUGUAGAUCGUAAAUAUGAGACAGUAAUCCUGCCCAUAUUCGGGGUGCCCGUACCAUUCCACAUAUCCACCAUAAAGAACAUCUCGCAGUCAGUGGAGGGAGAUUACACUUACCUUAGGAUAAACUUCUUCCACCCCGGAGCUACCAUGGGUAGGAAUGAAGGUGGUAAUUACUCACAACCGGAUGCAACUUUUGUUAAAGAGGUCACAUAUCGAAGUACAAACACAAAAGAGCCUGGUGAAAUAUCACCGCCUUCGUCAAACCUGAACACAGGCUUCCGGCUCAUAAAGGAAGUGCAGAAGAAAUUCAAAACGCGAGAAGCGGAAGAGAGGGAGAAGGAAGACUUGGUUAAACAAGACACUCUAGUGCUCUCCCAGAGUAAAGGCAACCCGAAACUAAAAGAUCUGUACAUUAGGCCUAAUAUCGUUACUAAAAGGAUGAGUGGAUCACUAGAGGCUCAUUCCAACGGCUUCAGAUUCACAUCAGUGAGAGGAGAUAAAGUGGACAUAUUAUAUAAUAACAUCAAGAACGCGUUCUUCCAACCUUGUGACGGCGAGAUGAUCAUACUCCUACAUUUCCAUUUGAAACAUGCCAUUAUGUUUGGUAAAAAGAAGCAUGUGGACGUCCAAUUCUACACGGAAGUAGGUGAAAUAACUACAGAUUUGGGUAAACACCAGCACAUGCAUGACAGAGACGAUUUGGCGGCGGAACAGAGCGAACGAGAACUGCGACACAAACUUAAAGUAGCGUUCAAGAGCUUCUGCGAGCGAGUGGAGAAUAUGACCAAACAGGAGGUGGAGUUUGAUACACCAUUCAGAGAGCUCGGUUUCCCCGGCGCGCCGUUCCGCAGCACAGUACUCUUACAACCCACUUCAGGCGCGUUAGUCAACCUCACAGAAUGGCCGCCAUUCGUCAUCGCCCUAGAAGACGUCGAAUUAGUACAUUUUGAAAGAGUACAGUUCCACCUGAAGAACUUCGAUAUGGUCUUCGUGUUUAAAGAUUACGCGAAGAAGGUUGCUAUGGUGAAUGCUGUGCCCAUGAAUAUGUUGGAUCACGUGAAGGAGUGGCUCAACUCGUGUGACAUUCGCUACUCAGAGGGUAUCCAAUCUCUCAACUGGGGCAAGGUUAUGAAGACUAUCACUGAUGACAUCGAAGGCUUCUUUGACAAUGGAGGCUGGUCCUUCUUAGACCCGGAGUCUGAAGAAGAGAAUGCUGCACAGGAGGAAGAUUCGGAAGAAGAAGAUGACGCGUACGAACCGACGGACGCGGAGUCGGAAGAGGAAUCGGAGGACGAUUCUGAGUACGAUUCCGAAGCCUCCGACGAAUCCGAUGUAUCCGGUGACAGCGAAGGAGAGGAAGACGAAGAAUCAGGCAAAGAUUGGUCAGAUCUAGAGCGGGAAGCCGCCGAGGAAGACAAGAAGGAACGCAAUUACGAUCGCGAAGACUUCGACCGCAAACGCAAGGGCGGACGGGAUCCGAACCGCGGUCGAUACGAUGAAGACGAGAACAGAUCUAAAAAGGGGAAACAUGACAAACCUGCCCAUAAAGGUUCCCAUAAGAGUUCGCACAAGAGCCCACAUAAAAGCCCUUCCAAGCAUGCACACUCCAGUCCGUCUAAGAGUCGCGACAAGCAUAAGUCGUCUCACGGCAGCGAUAGACACAGCAAAUCCAACGGAGAUCACAAGAAGCACGCCGAUAAAUCGCACAAACGGUCGCGCGACGACAGUCGCGACCACGACCGCUCGCCCAAGAAAGCUAAGAAAUAAGCUGUUUGUGAUAAGGAAAUGUUUGAGAAUAACGGGUUUAACUGACCUCACAGGUCCGCGAAUCAAUCUCUUUAAUUUUACAUCCACUGUCCGUCUCCAUAAUGUUCAAAAUCUGGUUGCCUGAAUGUGUAUGUAUGUAAUUGUAGAUUUAUUAAUAAUUCCAGCGAUAAUUGUAAUUUAAAUUAUAGCAAACACAAAUAAAUGUAAGGAUUUAUUAUUAAGAUGUUUCAUUUAUUCUUGCGUCAUACCUAAUCAUAAAUAACAGGAACAUAAAGUUCAACAACUAAAUUACAAAGCAAUACUCAACUGAUCAAAAAGCUUUACAACCACAGAACAGAGAUAAAAACAAAUUACUCUUAAUAUUUAGAAAGAUAGCUUUAAGGAAUGCUUUAAUUAACUAAACAAUUUAUUUAAGACCAAACUAAUAAAAAUCUUUUCUGCAAAUUUGUAGUCUCUGUUCUGUGAUCACAACGUAAUUGAUGGAUAUAAUCACAUUGUACAUUAUUUACAAAAAAAAAAAAUACAAAUUAUCUACAUAAAUUAAUUAAUAUAAAUUAUCUACAUUUUAGUAGAAUUGAUUAGUUCAAUUUGCAGGUAGUUCUAUUUCAGACUCUUGCGCAGCGACGACGGGUCCCCUUGGCAAAACUGUUAUUCUCUUGGAAUCGGGCAAUUUGCUAAUGUCCUGUGCCUUCGAUAAAUCUUUCUGUUCUUGAGUGUCGCUCGAACUCCAAUACUUCUUAUUAACUAGCAUAAGUAACAUCAAUGCUGGCAAGUGUACCAGAGAGAACCUAAAUAAUUUUCUAGAACUGGCGCUGUCUGAUUUUUGGUAAAAUUGCCA